UACUCGCGGGCACUAGAAUGGCUGGCCCGUCACCACGAGGAUUUUACGCAGCAGCGUUUCUCCUGGUCCUUUGCCUCGCCUUGUCAUUGGCCAGGGAGGACCUGCGGGAGAGAGAGAGACGGGAUGUAGAUCUUGUAGCGGCAGCAACCGGACACGAGAAACACGACAAACACGAGGAGCAUGGGGGCGGUCACAAGCAUCACGCGGAUCAUCACGAGGAGCAUGGGGAGAAGGGUGAAAAGGGACACAAGAGUCAUCAUCAUCACGACAAGGGCGAACAUGGUGAACACGGCAAGGAGCAUCAUUCUGGUCAUCACGAGGAGCACGGGGGUCACGAGAAGAAGCAUCACGACGAGGCCGGAAAGCAUGGGGAACAUCAUGAGCACGAGAAGGGUCACAAGGGUGGAAAGUUCGGGGAGAAAAAGGGUCACAAGAAGGGUCACAAGACCAGCGGGUAUCAUCACAAGGCGCACAAGGACGAGUAUCACAAGGAGCACAAGUUCUAUGACGACUAUCAUAAGGGCGGUCAUCAUGAGAAACAUGGUCAUCAUCAUGGACAUCACGGAAGCAAGGAGGGUCAUCACAAGAAGGGCGAUCAUCAUCACUCUGGCUAUCAUGACGAUCAUCAUGGGAAGAAGGGUCAUCACGACAAGGGACAUCACGAUGAGGAUCACAAGGGUCAUCAUGGGAAACAUGGUCACGAGCAUCAUCAUUCUCAUCAUGAGGAGCAUGGAAAGAAGGGCGGUCACUCCGGCGGGAAGAAGCACGGCUACAGUCACGGAAAACAUUAACGGCUCAAGCGCAUGGCCAAAGAUCUUUUGUUAUCUAGUGUGUAAUUACUGUUAAACAUUGUUGAGUAAUUGUUACAAUAAACAAUUUAUCCUUUCAAUAA